AUGGUUCUUUGGAGCAAACUCCCCAAUUUCCGUUACGGGAGGGUGAUUGAGUCGUUUUUGCCGCUUAAGAACUUGGACAAAUCAAGCGAAGAUGCCAAACAUAUUUCCCAAAACUUUGUCAAUGUAUACCCUGGAGAUCGGGUCUUUUUGUUCGAAGCAGAGCAGGGAGGUGAAUGGGUCCGUGGAUACGUUGUUUCCUUGCCAAUGCCGUCUGAUUUUCUUACAGCAAUGGCCUCGUUGGAUAAAAUGCCCGAAUCUCGUACCUGCGUGGCUGUUCUUCCAACCUCUUGUCUAGAGAUCCUGAAAGACAUCCCAUUACCAAAGACUCCGUCUGGCCACACAGGACCCCCACCAUUGCCACUGAACAUUUUAUCGACCGAGUCAUCAUACUUUGACGAGAUUGUGUCUUCGUUGCGAUCGUUGGCAGUUUACUGCUACGCCGUCUACUCAAUGAACGAAUUCAAUCUGUUCAACAAACUUUCAGAAAUCUUCAAAGAACUCAACGACAUCAGACUCAGUUUUCUCUACGACCUCCUCACCAAUCAUGAGAAGACAGUAGCGUAUCAAAAGUCCGCCGUUCUGGUCAACAAAGUGUCCAAAUUGCUUGUUCCUGUGAUCAAAAAAGAUGUUGGUGGAUAUCUUGCCGUUUUUUCAAGGAACGAACAAACCGGUCAAUUGUUCAAAGCGGAGCUCGAAAAACCGGCUGAUUCAAGCAUGAUAAAUCUCGCAAAAGUCGCACAGAACCAGAUCUUCUCCGCUCUGGCUUCGAACUUCCCGGUUAGACACCCAAACAUCUCCUAUGUUCCUGAAAAGAUGUCCAAAUUCAAACCGUCUGUUCCAUCCCACAUUUUUGUGGACUUCAAGUCCGUGGUUGGCUCUUCGACAUUUGUUCCAGAAAACUACGACGGCUUGAAUGCAUACAUGUACCUGAGAAACACCAAGAGACAGCUAACAGAGACGUUUAGCGUUUCGAUAAAACCUGGACAAAAAAUGGAGCUGGCAAACAUUCCUGCUGCCAUUUUUCAGAAUAUACCCGUCAGUGAGGUUGAAAAUACAAGAGUCUAUUUGGUUGCCGUGUUGACAGAAAAUAUCCGUCUUGAUCAGACAACGCUCAAAGUUGUUCGCAAAGGAAUUGCAGCAGGAGUUGCUAACGUUACCAGAAUGUUUAGCGUCCGACAGGGACAUCUUUCCACAAACGAAUCGCACCACUUUGCUAUCAAACUGUUUGCGUCGUAUUCUAUCUCGGAGGAUCCUAUGUCUCCGGCAACAGGAGCUGGUCUCAAUGACGGUGGAUGGGGAGAUCUAGUGGAGAGAAUCAUCACUGGUUCCACCCAAGGAGUUGCUGUCAAUCCUCGCGCUGAGAAGUUGACGCUUGUGAUCAAGGAGUUAAGAAACUCUAAUCUUGAUGAGGACAUUCAGAAAACUUCGGAUGCUGUUUCGACCGUGAGACCUAUGGUUUUCUCUCCUUUUGAACAUUCUUACGAUAGAACCUAUUUAACACUGGUUCAGUGUCACGGGAUUACUCUCAAACGGAAAGAGGUAAGCUUUAUAACGGUGAUCGUGAAGUCUGUUGACGAAUCUGUGACAUUCAGCAGAGGCGCAAACGUUGAACAGCGAUCUUCAUGGCAGUUUAUUAGCGUUUCACCAAAUGAAAAAGUCCAGGAAACAGUGUUGAUAAAUGAGUCUGGCACAACAUCUUCAACUCGGUCAGAUCAAAUGCUGAUCGAGGUGUACAAGAACGGUAAUUAUCUUGGAGAAGGAAAGUUCCAAUGGAAAUCAGGGUCGCAGGUCAAGGAUACAAGUAAGAAAGGUCACCUUGUUGAUAUAUUCGGAGCAGGUAGCUCACACUUGGGUUCUGUGGAGCUGGAAAUUGAAUAUGUUGGUGCCAAGUACAAUAUUGAUCCUCAUGUCUCCGCAAUUACGAACUGGAAAGAAUCGGCAUUGGCCUCCCAUCCCUCCGACCUAAUUCAAGCACUUUCAGACCUCGACAAAGUUGAGCUUCUAACUGUUGUCAAGUUCUUUGGAGUACUGUUAUUUAAUCUGCUGGAAAUAUUCAACGAGUCAGUGGAAAAAAACAACGAGAAUCUGAAGAGAUCUUCCUUUGUGAGUAUCGUUCAUCUUCUAGACAUUGUCCUUGCUAGACAGACUCAUUACACAUAUUUAUUUGCUGAAUUUUUCACCAACUAUACCCAGCUCCCAGCUAUUGGUGAACAAUUACUAGAACUCGCAUCGUUAUAUUUUGCCAACGUUGAGACAGACUGGAACUCCACCGGAAGAGCGCUUUGUCGGGCAUCGUAUCCAGUUUUGAGAAUCGCAUCUGCAGCCGCUUCAGACAAAGACAAGUUUGCACGCAAGUGUCAUGGCUUCUCUAAAGCGGCAACAAUCAUCAUUGGAUUGCAAAAGGAUUCCUUGGUGGCAGACCAAUUAUUGCUUGUGGAGGCACUUGAGUUGUGGGUGGAUACUUUCAGGGACUUUUGUGACGACCAAACAAUAGUCGGUUUUGUAUGCAAUUGGCUCGAAGCCAUUGGAUUGCGUGGUUUGGCUUCUAUGAACACACCAUCCCUCAACGCAUUGGCUAGCAAAAAGAAAGCCAAUGAGCAUAGAUUGAUAGUUGCCAAGAUGCUAUUUAUUCGCAGACUUCUAGACUCCUGGCUUCUAACGUCUGGUUCGAUUGCUGCCAGAGACGAGCUUGUUUCCAGCUCCUUAAAAUGGGCUUUGGAAGUGAUUGUUUGCAAGAAGGUCGAUCUGGAUGUCAUUCGAUUGGCUUUAGGUAUUAUUCUUUCGGUUGAUACCGCCUCUUUCGGAAGCGAACGAGUUUUCGUGGAUGACAGCAGUCAGCUGUAUGCUGCUCUGUUCAGGAUGAUCCCAACCCUCGCAGAGACAUUCUACAAUUGUUUGGAAUACUCUCAGGAAAAUGAUUUAUUGCAACCAAGAAGAACAUUUACGCAGCUAUUUCCUACAGAAUUCCCGUUCACAGAGCAUACAUUUGAUUCUGCUGUGAGCGAUGAGGUUUUCUCUGAGGUAUUGAUUGAACUGGCUAUUCUGAUCUCCAUUCACUCUAAAAUUGCAAAAGGAAACAGUUCAGCGCUGUUGAAACUCAUGGCUACCAAAUACAUAUCACCGGCCUUUGAAAAAUUGAGCCCAUUGAUUGGUGCUUCUGGAAACCACAUGCAAUCUCCAACUAGACCUUUCGAUACCAUGAUAUGGAUAGCAACCAUUUUCAGUUCGAGAUACUAUCCUUCGGAAAAAUGGUUUUCGCUUCAAUCGAUCAUCACAGAGGGUAUUUUAUCUUUGACUGAAGUUGUCUACCCUCUUUCUGUUCAGUUGGUUCCGACCUUGGAUAAGCGCGACCUGUUCAAUAUCGACGCAUGGCACAAAUAUCUCACCUCUAUUCUUCACUGCGGUAUUGCACAAACGUCAUCAUUGGAGCAUCUGUUUGAUAUCCCACGGAAAUGCUGUUUCCUGCUAACAGGGGAUAUUCGUACACGAACGGCUACCUUACUGGAAACAAUUUGGGGAAACUUGGGACAGCAGGCAUCAAUGUCGGAGUUCAACAGAUUCGGUGUUGGUAAAUACAAUGGUUUCCAACCGUUGUUCAUUGUCAGCUCUGAGUAUAGUCUUGUGCAACAGAUUCUUUUGUUGUGUUUGCAGCGCAAUGACAAGUGUUUGGAGGUUGGAGUCAACAUGGUCUGGUCGAUGAUUGUGGCCGAAUGGUCCAACAAGAAGAAUUUUGAGGAACUUCGGAGAUCAUGCAUUCUUUCUUUGUACGAAAUCUUCCACAAAGAGACAGGCUAUUACCCUGGCUCCGAGGAAAUCGUCAGUUUUGUCACCAAACUCACCGCAAAGGUGACUUUGACCACUCAAGACGAAGCGUACGAACCGAUCAUGGAACUGAUCAAGACACUAUGCGACUACUUUGAGAACUUGAUUGGGCUGCAAAGCAUUCCAAAGGGAGAUGAUUUCGACGACGAUAGAAUGUACUACCAGCUCAGAUUGUCGCAUUUCCUGUUGAAAGAGGACCGUCCAGAAGUUUUCCAGUCUUUUGUGAACGACUUGUAUGAGUCCAGUUUGGAGAAGGAGAACUAUGUUCAAGCUGCUCUUUCGCUAGGUCUUUUGGCAGAUACUUACACUUGGGACACGGAAACCGUGGUGGAAGCCUGCGAGAAACCAAAGUUUCCACGUGAGACCGUCUUCAAACGGAAAGAGCAUCUGUACAAACUGAUAGCCAGUAACUUGGUGAAAGGAAAACGACCAGAGCAAGCAGUGGAAAUAUACCAAGAGCUGCUUGACUCGUACUACAACUACAAUUUCGAUCUGAUGGGACUGAGUCAUUGUCAUGGCGAGCUGGCUAUGAUUUACAAAGCGUUGCAGACCGUGGAUCGUGUUGAGUCGACGUAUUUCCGUAUUGCGUUUGUUGGAUCUGGAUUCCCCGACUCCCUGCGAGACAAGGACUUCAUCUACGAGGGAAUGGCCUACGAGCAUAUCACCUCGAUGGGACAGCGGUUGUCCAGACUGUAUCCAGGCACGCACUUGAUUGGCAGCGAAGACCAUCUUCAAAGACUGAAAGAUGAACAGCCAACAGGCAAGUAUGCACACAUCAAGGUUGUGAGUCCUGUGAAAGAGCUAUCGAAGGACAAGCUGUCGUUCAUGACGAAACAAUAUAUGGACAACAAGAACGUGCGUCAGUUCCAAGCUGUUAGAAGACUUCCAGGAUCCAAAGGUGUCGAGGAUUUGUGGACCGAGGAAGUUUCAUACGAAACAUACACGUCUUUCCCGACAUUGAUGAACCGGUCCGAAGUCAAGGAGACUAAAGUUGUACGGCUAUCUCCGUUGGAGAAUGCACUGCGUUCGCUUACUGACAAAAACGAGCAUCUACAAGAUUUACAGUACAAAGCACAGCAGGCCAUCAAGGACAAUGCAGAUCUGAGUGGCUUAUCCGAAUCUGCGAUGUUUAGCGAGAUUUCCCGGGUGGUUGCUGGGGCCGUGGAUUCCCCAGUUAACGGCGGUGCAGGACAAUAUCGGGUAUUUUUUAGUCAUGAGACAGUUGAAGGGCUGAACGAGCUGGUACAACAACAAUUUUGGGAGCUUGUGAAAAAUUUAUUCAACCUUUUAAAGCUGCAUGGAGCGCUUGUUCCGGAACAACUUUUCGAGAAUCAUAAAACGCUUGUGGAGCUUUUCAGCAGUAAUUUCAAAAAGGAACUGGACUUGCUGGACCUGCAAGUGAAGGAUGCAAUGGAUAUGGAGAAAUUACGCGAGAUAAUUUUUGCGAGCUCGGCCUCAGACUCCGCAUUGUCUUUGAAUCUGACCCCAACCAACAGUAACGUUUCGAUCCAUUCGGACUCGUUGGAAUCGAGGUUCUCGCAAAAUCUAUCGAUUACCGGAGUUAGGCUCUUGUCGAAAAAUAACAAGUAA